AUGAAUGUUGAGGAAUUAUCAAUGAUAGGUCCCAAUGUAGACCUAGAAACCGUUGAUCCGAUAAAUAAAAAAAGAUUAUUGGCAUUUGUCAAUCAUUAUAUAGUGAACACUGCAUUGUUUCUCAAUAAUUUAUCAAAAUCCUACGAACAAGGACUCAUGACGUUAGAAAAUAAAAUACAAAAAUUGGAAAGUUCUAUUAUUAUGCUUGAAAAAAGAGUAAUCGAUAAAUCUCAAGAUGAUAAUAAUAAUGAUAAAGAAAAAAAUAUAGAUGAAAGUGUAGGGGAAAUAAAACAAGAGGAGGAAUCAUUAUUAGAUCCUACUCUUAUGAAAUAUGUUAAAAUGUUACAAUUUGGUGUUCCCCCUCCUGCUGUUAAAUUGAAAAUGGAACAAGAAAAUGUUUUACCUUCAUUACACGAUUUAGUUUUAAAUUAUAACAAAUAA